AUGGUAGAUAACAUUGUUCUGGAAAAUUUUAUUACUUACUUGAAAGUGAACAACAAAUUUGAUAAGAAUUACUCAGCUAACGGUGACUAUGCUGCUAAUUGGGAUGAUUUUAUUUUGAGUAGAGGUGAAGAAGCUAAUUGGGAUGAUUUUAUUUUGAGUAGAGGGGAAGAAACUUUAUUAUGUAUAUUAUCUACUGAAUCAGUUGAUGACAAUUUUUUUCAAGGUCACAUUUUAAACAGGAUUAAGGAGGAGUUAAUAAAAGUUAAGGUUAACAACGCAGAGAAAGAAAAAAUUAUUACUCAUCUGAAUAGUAAUUUAAAUCAAACAAAAUUUAUUGAAAAGCAAUUAAAGGAACUUUCUAACUUACUUUUUCUUGAUCAAUAUUAUAACUACUCAGUUAAAACAAGAAGUGAUUAG